AUGGCAUUAAGGAGCGCGUGGUGGAUGCAGCCUCCAUCCUCUGCUCCCGAUCCUACGACCCAACCAGCCCUUCCGCUCCAGUUCUGUCAUAGAAAUUGGCCUUGGAAUCAAAUUGCUCACGACACUUACCAUUACAGCCAGCCAGCUGUUGCAAAAGGAGCCCGUUUGCCUCGCAGGUUUUCGUUCUAUAAGUCUGUAGGGACCGUGGCAGAGCUGGUAAUAUUCUUGAACGAGGAUCUCUGCGGCGAAGCAAUCCAAGCCUUAGGGUUUUACCUAAAGAUUUCGCCAUACUUCUUUAAUUUUAGCUAUGGAAUGCUCAAUACUGGAACUCUGGCUGACCCAGCCUUCUUCUUCUCGCUCCAAGUUAUGGAUAGAUAUAGUCUGUCCCAAACUCCUUCUGAGGCUAAACGACUUGCUGGGUCUCCAGAAGCCCGCUUUCGUAACAUGGAUGGAGAUCUUAUGACACACACAUGGCGUGUGACUCGGAUUACACUAAUCCUUAAGAGUACAGAGGAAAACAAUUGUUCUGGACUGCUUGAUCUAGACCCCCUGGACGUCGCGAUAGCGGAUGGUCUGAAAGUACUGAUGACGAGACAUGAAGAGAUAAUUAUUGGCAGCGCUGAGGGAUCCAGUCAAUUAGCACGAAUCUCAUCGAUCGUGAUGUACAUAGUCACAUUCAAUUGGUAUACAUUUCUCGCCGAGGCUGAAAUGCAUUUAGAAGCCUUGGGGAUGAAAUGUAUGGAUGAAGCCCUUACUUCAACCGAGCAACUCCAAUACACACGCGAACUACAUCGACUGUCUCCACUCUGGGUGCAGGUGCGCCGGCGACUAGUAGCCGCUAUGGAUCUUACUUACUACAUGAUUGGGCACCCUUUAUUCAAUCCAGAUCUAUCCGUGAAUGGGCCAUGCGAACUUUUUCUAAGAAAACAAAUCAAGAUUCUGGAAGAUUACACAUCACGAUGUAACCAACUAUCCGAUGAAACGAAGACACUCAUCAGCUUAAUCUUCAAUAUUGCUACUGUGCAAGACACACGAGCUGCGAUUGAGGAAAGCAAGGCGGCAAAUGCUUUCGCGGCCAGCAUUCGGCGUAUCACGGUUCUGACAUUUGUCUAUCUUCCCUUAACACUGGCAGCGAUAACAGGAGAAGAGACUCACCCCGCGAUAUGGAUUUACAUCGUCGUUGCCAUGGUCUUGUUAGCAGGCACUUUUGCCGCAUGGUUUCUCUGGUCUCAGAUGCUGUCCAGUUUGGAAAGACGACAAAAGUUAAACGACCUGCUCAAGACUAAGAAUGGCAACGCUUCCACUGCGUGAAUAAUUGCCUACCUCCUUUCCUUUUGGAGAUUUUCGUCGCCUUUCCGAAUUGGCACUUGUAUCUCUUUGCUUCAACCUCAGAGGCCUUACAACUCUACUUCCGUGAUGUUUCGAGUGUUAUAAAUGAGAAGAGCGAGAGGAAAGACCCUUCGCGUAGGUGCCUCGAAGGGGAGCCCUAUCACUCCCCCCAGCAGCUAGGAGAAGUGGAAAGAAGCUUUCAUUCACUGCGAGGGGAGAUGAAGGGUUUAUGUACGUAGUGAGAAGGAAGCUUGAAGAUGGCCUCGUGGCUGAAGAGUGGGGACAGUGAAGACGGAUUAUUUGCUUAAAUAAUGGUGCUAUGGUAAGCUUGCAAAAAAAAC